UAAUGCCAAUAAAUAUUAAAACUUAACAGCAGUAAAAGGAGAUACAUAUACUCAUUUAGGUUGGAUGUCAUAUAAUGAUUUUAAAAUGGGAAGAUUUAUUUUUACAUUUGGUAUAAUUGGAAUCUCAUUCGUUGCAUACCUUGAGCCUUCAUAUUUCCAUGAAACAGUAAAUAAUAAAUAAAUAUUAUUAAAAAUAAUUUUUAACUAAAUAAAAGCUUGGACAUGUAGGAAAAACUCCUAGAUAUGAUCUUAUUAACAAUUACCUUAGUGGUGAAGAAAAAAGCUUGAAUUAAUAAAUUCUUCAUAGAUAAGAAAAAGAACACUAAUUAGAUAAUUAUGUUAGCCUACUUGAAAAUUGCGAUUUAAACAAUAAAAAAUGAAAAAAAAUAAAUAUAUGAUUAUUUAUUUUGUUUAUUUUUUAAAAAAAAUGCAAAUUAUUAUUUAG